AUGACCAGCUUCGCCGUGCAGUUUGCACGCCAGCAGAGGAACGCCUUCCAGGCUGCCUCGAAACUUUCUUCGUCGGCUUCGACCUCCAACAUUGUUGCCGCUGCCGCCGCUUCCACAUCCUAUGCCUCUACCCCCAGCGCCGCAAGAGCCUUCUCCACCGCUAGGAAUAACCUCCCCCGCUCCGCGCACCUUGCACGAUCGCAACGUACUCAGCUUGCCCUCUCAAGACAUAUCUCCACAAAUCAGCCCAAAGAGCAGGCCGCCGCUGCCGCUGCCCAGACCUCUGCCGGCGUCCGCCCAGAGCCGUCGCCUGCUUUCCAGCAGUCCAAACCCGCUCCGCUCGCCUCGAAAUACGAUGCCAACAAGCUCGACGAGUCGUUUGUCGGCAUGUCUGGUGGCGCCAUCUUCCACGAGAUGAUGCUGAGGCACGACGUCAAGCAUGUCUUUGGCUAUCCCGGUGGUGCCAUUCUGCCCGUCUUUGACGCUAUCUACAACUCGAAGCACUUUGACUUUGUGCUCCCACGUAGAGAGGACGGCGCUGGUCACAUGGCCGAGGGCUACGCUCGUGUCACGGGCAAGCCUGGUGUGAUUCUCGUCACCUCGGGUCCUGGUGCUACCAACGUCAUCACGCCCAUGCAGGACGCUAUGAGCGACGGUACGCCGCUGGUUGUCUUCUGUGGUCAGGUCGCCACCUCGGCCAUCGGCUCGGAUGCCUUCCAGGAGGCUGAUGUCGUCGGCAUCUCGAGAUCAUGCACCAAGUGGAAUGUCAUGGUCAAGGACAUUGCCGAGCUCCCUCGUCGCAUCAACGAGGCCUUCAAGAUUGCAACCUCAGGUCGCCCCGGUCCUGUUCUUGUCGAUCUGCCCAAGGAUGUCACCGCUGGUAUCCUCCGUCAAGCUAUUCCUUACAGCCAGACGCAGCCCAACAUGAUCACCAGCCUGCCCAGCCGACAGGUGGCGCGCAACCGCCGCGGUGCCACGUUCCAGCAGAACACCAACCUGCGCUCGUCGGAACAGGACAUCCUCACUUCGGAGCUGCAGGAAGCCGCCCGCCUCAUCGGCAUCGCCAAGCGACCCAUCAUUUACGCUGGUCAGGGUAUUCUCUCGUCCCCCGACGGCCCCAAGCUGCUGGCCAAGCUGGCCAAGGAGCACAACAUCCCCGUCACCACCACCCUGCAGGGUCUCGGUGCCUUUGACGAGCUCGACCCGCUCAGUCUGCACAUGCUCGGCAUGCACGGAUCGGCCUACGCCAACCUGGCCAUGCAGGACGCCGACCUGAUUAUUGCGCUCGGUGCGCGAUUCGACGAUCGUGUUACGGGCAAGAUCGACAAGUUUGCCCCGCACGCUCGUGCUGCAGCGCUCGAGAACCGCGGCGGUAUCAUCCACUUUGAGGUGAUGCCCAAGAACAUCAACAAGGUGGUGCAGGCGACGUGUGCGAUCGAGGGCGAUGUCGUCGCCAACCUGGGCAAGCUGAUGCCUUUCCUAGAGGGCAAUGCCCCGGACAGGAGCGAGUGGCACCAGCUCAUCAAGAGCUGGAAGGAGGCGUAUCCUUUCACGUACGAGCCGUCCAAGCAGGGCGAGCUCAUGAAGCCGCAGGAGGUGAUUGAGGCGCUCGACGCUGCCGUGGCGGAUCAGAAGGACAACGUCAUCAUCUCGACCGGUGUCGGCCAGCAUCAGAUGUGGGCUGCGCAGCACUACCGCUGGCGUCACCCUCGUACGUGGGUCUCAUCCGGUGGUCUGGGAACCAUGGGUUUCGGACUGCCCUCGUGCAUCGGUGCCAAGGUGGCGGCGCCCGAGAAGAUUGUUGUCGACAUUGACGGCGAUGCGUCAUUCAGCAUGACGGCCAUGGAGCUGGCCACGGCUGCGCAGUACAACAUUGGCGUCAAGGUGCUGGUGCUCAACAACGAGUUCCAGGGAAUGGUGGUCCAGUGGCAGGAUCUCUUCUACGAGAAGCGAUACUCGCACACCGAGAUGCACAACCCGAACUUUGUCAAGCUCGCCGAGAGCAUGGGUGUUAAGGCGAUUCGCUGCGACGACAUCAAAGACCUCCCCGCAAAAAUGAAGGAGUUCAUCGAGUACGACAACAACAAGCCCAUCCUGUUCGAGGCGAGGAUCACCAAGAACGAGCACGUCUAUCCGUUCUGCCCAGCCUCGGCGGGUCUGCAUGAGCUCAUCGUGCAUCCCAGCCUCAAGCCUAUCCCUAAGAGGGACUAG